AUGCAGCGUGGGCCCCUGGGCCAACUGCCGGGACUCCCAGAUUCAGAGGCAUGCCCACCAAGGCUAGUGUGGCUGUGUGUGGAGCCCAUCAGUUGGGUGACCGAGAAGUCCCGGCCAGCGCCGACCUCGGGCCCUGGUGGUGCUGGACCCCUGGUGCCGGCAGGUCACUGGAUGCACAUGAACAGCUGCAGCGGCAUGGAGCCCGUCGCAAGCACGAGUUACUGCUACGACAAGCCCGUGAGUAUCGAGUGCUGGAGCCCCUGCCGGUGGGGAGACCCGGUGCAGAGGGAGGGGCCUCCGUGGAUGCAGAGGCCAGCCGUCAGGAUCUUUGAAAAGUCGAACGACUUGGCCUCUGCUGAGGCCGGGGUGGACGCCCGGCCAGGGGCCAAGCCUGCUGUGCCACUGGUCGUUCAGCUGACAGAAAGGAGGGGUCAUGAUAAGACAGUAGUGACAUUCCCCGAGCUCGUCCCCUUCGCUGGUGAUGGGUGCGGGCCGCUGCCCUCCUCCACCCGGCAGGCUCCCCAUGGGAGGCUGGCACCCCCAUCUGCCGCCUGCUGGUCAGGGACCACGGCACUGCAGAGGGACUUCACGGGUGAACAGCCCACACGGGCUGCAGGACCGUGUGCGAAUCGAGCACAUCUUUGUAAACUGGAGAGGACUUGCGAGACCCGAGACCCGUCUCGGGCUGGAAUGCGGCAGAGGAAACGCUUUUGUGCAGCCCAGCUUAUCUGA